AUGGAAAGCCCCGAGGUGCUUGCGGCCUACGACGUCCACCCGGACCACGUCGCAGUCGUCAAGGUCCUCCGCGAACUCGCGGCCAACUUUUUGACGUUUGACUUUGUGAGCUCGCGCGACGCGCCGGUGCCAUAUACGGAUGAUGUCCGGUAG